UUAAUCUCUGUCAUGUUCUGCACUUCUACACCUUACCAAUCCCUGUUCUACGCAACGUGUUGUGACGUCACUAGAAUAAUUGGCGAGAACGAUGAGAAGGGGUUGAAGAGAGAAUAGUGUUUCGUCGAUUUGUGCGUGUAGGCAGUUAGUCGAAACAGGUGCUGAGUAAAUUUUGGGUUUCAGGAAUAAUAUGUGAUCUGCUUUUCUAGUAAGGUGUUCAUAUUGUGCAUCAGUGACAAGAAAUGAGUGACAUCGUGCAAAACAAAGCGUUAAGGAUGCUUCGCAGCUUGCUGUCAGUGCUCAUGGUCAUUUGAGUGAAACAAAUGGCCUACUUAAUGAGGCUUUCUAAACUGGAGUAAUUUAAUAGUCUGCACAGAACUUACGUUACACUGUAUGCACUGUGUUGGAAACUCUAGCAUCAUUGAGCAGGAGUAAAGACAAACAUGGGGCUGUUGUUUACAAAAAUUUGGAGCUUGUUUGGUAAUGAAGAGCACAAGAUUGUCAUGGUGGGACUGGACAAUGCAGGAAAGACCACAAUACUCUACCAGUACCUGAUGAAUGAAGUUGUUCACACGUCUCCAACGAUAGGUUCAAAUGUUGAGGAAGUUGUUUGGAAGAACAUCCACUUCAUCAUGUGGGACUUGGGUGGUCAGCAAUCACUGAGGGCUGCAUGGAGCACUUACUACAGUAACACAGAGUUUGUGAUCGUGGUUAUUGAUUCGACAGAUCGUGAGCGUCUAGCAGUGACGAGAGAAGAACUGUACCGAAUGCUGGCUCAUGAAGAGCUGUCAAAAGCAGCUGUUCUCAUAUAUGCCAAUAAACAGGACCUGAAAGGCUCCAUGUCUGCAGCAGAAAUUAGCAAACGGCUGGAUCUCACAUCGAUAAAAAAGCAUCAGUGGCAGAUUCAGUCCUGUUGUGCUCUCACAGGAGAAGGAUUAUACCAAGGCCUGGAAUGGAUUUGUAGUCGGUUGAAGAAAAAGUGACGUCAAGACUACUUCUAGCAACAUUUUUUCUGAUUAUGUGAUGUUAUAAUGAAGCAAGUCAACAAAGGUUUAAAAUGGAGGACAAUUCUGCAUAGACAUUUGUUAACUUUUUAUGUGAAUUUAUUUUUGGUCCAUCUUUUAAUAAUUUGAAGUUGGAAAGAGGCAUGCCUGUAAGUUGAUGAAUGGAAGGAACAUUACACUUUACACUUUAGUGUAUAGCAACACUACGAAUAUGAAUGUGGACGUCUUAAAGAAUCAGUGUUGAAUUAUAAGAUUAAGUUACACUACUGGCACAGAGGCAGUGUUUCUGUAGUCUUGCCAAUUUCAGGUAGUGUGGCAUUGCAGUCUGAUGGCAUUCACAAUGAUAGAUUCCAGGCAUGGUCGAGGUGUUGACUGUAACGGAUGUAAACUCUGUGAUGUAUGGAAGCCAUUGUAUUGGAUCUGCAAUACAUUGUAAAUUGAAGAACAAAACAUGACAGUGAUGUAAAUAUACUAUGUAACCUGUUCUUACUAGUAGACCAAUCUGUAAAAUUUUUAUUAUUUAACUUCCAGGCUGUUACAUCUUCUUGUUUCAUUGACUGUAAAACUUCUUUGGUGUGUUUCUGACAGAUAUUUGAGUGUGAUGACGAUAGUAUAAUGACGGAGUAACUUUGGUUGUGAGGGAGUGAUUCCAGUAUUUUAUAUUGAAUCCUCCUUAUAUACACUGAAGUGCCAGAAGUCAUAGGAUAGGUACCUAGUAUCAUUUAGGACCCCCUCUAACCCAGCGAAGUGCAGCAACUCAACGUGGCAUCGAUUCCACAAGUGGAUGGAAGAACUCUGGAGAGAUGUUGAGCCAU